AAGGACGGCUUUGUUUGGAACAGAGACUCAGACACGAAACCAAGUGGGAAAUGUUCUGUCCAGGCAUGACUGGGGUUAGCAACUACUCCUGCUGCAGCUCAGGCUCGGCGCCAGCUGCUUUGGACAUGUUAAAGAGUCUGGAUGUGCCCACUAUUGUGCUGUAUGCGGUUUUGACUCUGAUGACUGUAAUUGCAAACCUUGUGUUGUUUGAUGAAGUUCUCUACUUGAUGAGAAAAAUGUCCUGCCAAAAGAAGAGGUCAGCAAUUAUUUGGGUCAGCGGGGCUGCACCUGUGAUAGCUUCUACAUCUUGUGUUGGAAUGUGGGUUCCUCUGUCAUCACUAGUCACAGAGUUGACAGCUGCUGUAUACUUUGCGAUUGUCAUCCAUAAAUUCCAGACGAUGAUAAUAGAAGAUGCUGGAGGUAAUGAGGCAUUUCUGAAGCUUUAUGAAAACACUCCUGUCAAGAUUAGCACAGGUCCUUGUUGUUGUUGCUGCCUUUGUUUGCCUUUUUUAAAGUUGUCAAGACGCCUGCUGUUCAUGUUGAAACUGGGAACCUUUCAGCUGGCUUUUCUCCGACCAAUACUUAUGAUCUUCACAUUAGUCCUCCAAGCAAAUAAUAGUUUGGGCGAUGAAAAUACUACCAUUGGCCCUGGAUUUGUGAUUAAUAUUUUCCUUGGUGUUUCUACAAUCAUUGCCUUAUGGCCAAUUGGGAUUGUUUUUAACAAGGUCAAAGAUGGCUUUAGGGAUCAGAAGAUAAUCCCCAAAUUUGCUCUGUAUCAGUUUGCGCUGAUUUUUAGUCAACUCCAGACUGCCAUUAUCAAUAUAUUGGCAUUAUUCGAAGUCAUUGCCUGUGUAUCCCUACUUUCAUCCAAAGCCAGAGGAACAUAUAUGGCGCAGCAACUUCUCAUAAUAGAGAUGUUUGUGAUUACUCUGCUGUCACGGAUUUACUACAAAAGGACAUAUGAUUUACCGGAAAUAGUGGAUACUCAGGCAUCAGGAAAAACAGAAGAUGUCCAAAGCUACGUUAUUGGUUCCCUUGCAGAAAGCCCGCACCAAAAAGUGUGAAAGGGAUCCACAUCCAAGCUACUAAUAAUAUUCAAAUUCCUGUCUGAUAUCCACAAGCAUUAUUUUGCCACCCCAAGAAUUCAAAAACUUUGGAUCAGAUUUUCAUCAGUUUUAACAGUUAACUUCAAAACAGUUGUCCAGCUCAGUUCAUUGACCCUGUUUUCAUUUAUCACUCUUUAAGUAUUUGAAUCACAAAUCUCAAGCAUCCCCAACCCAGGGGUUUCCUCCAUCAUCCAUGAAUAUCAAGAAAUCAAUAAACUCUGCAAAAAGUU